CUUCAACCCCAACAACUCACUACCGUAGUCGUCCGAAAUUAACCAACCUCCAAGAGAGAAAGAAAAUUUACCAAAGCAAUGGCCCCCCAACCCGCCUACACCCCGCAACAAACCCCGACGGUCAUCAAAGCCCGCAAACACCUUUCGGGAACCCGCGCCAAGCAGCUCCUUCGCGCGGCGGAGCGCGACUACAACGACCCGCCGCCGCCGCCGGGACUGGGCGAGUGCUGUGGGAGUUCGUGCGAUCCGUGCGUCCGGGAUCUGUGGCGGGAGGAACUGGCGGUUUGGCGGGAGAGGUGGGGGGAGGUUGCUGAGGAGGGGGGAGGGUCUCAAGAAGGGGGAGAUGAAGGGGCAGAGAAGGUGAAGAAGAUGCCGGGGAGUUGGGAGUGGUGA